CAGCGCUAGAGCGGUUCUGCGGCCUCCAGUCUACGUCUUUCGCGAUUUGACGUUAAUACCAUCCCACUGCAGACAAAGGCGCACCUCCCCCUUUUUGGCAACCGACAGGCGACUGCUGCUGAGCACGCCGCCCACCCGCCCACCUGCCCAAUUUUGACCCCGACUUUGGUUUGACCCGCGCCGCGCCCGAAGACAACCAAACGUCAUUUCUUCGACUCUCCCGAUCACCCUCAGCACACUUCGCUGCAACGCCGAGCUGAAGCAAUAAGCGCCGCACUCGUUGCAAUCCGCCGACCGCGCAUCGCCCGGCGCAGGACCAAUUGCUGGAAUGGAUACAAACAUGGAGGACGUCGGGCGCGUGCCUACAGAGUUGGCUCCGGUCAACCUCGAGCCAGCCAGCAUCCCGACGCUCGACGGAUGGAUCGAGGCGCUGAUGAACUGCAAGCAGCUGGCUGAGGUGGACGUUCAGAGACUGUGCGAGAAGGCGCGUGAGGUGUUGCAAGAGGAGUCCAACGUACAACCCGUGAAAUGUCCCGUCACUGUCUGCGGCGACAUACACGGCCAGUUCCACGACCUGAUGGAGCUCUUCAAAAUUGGCGGGCCCAACCCGGACACCAACUAUCUCUUCAUGGGGGAUUAUGUCGAUCGAGGCUACUACUCGGUCGAGACUGUCACCCUGCUUGUGGCGCUCAAAAUUCGAUACCCGCAGCGCAUCACCAUCUUGCGCGGCAACCACGAGUCCCGCCAGAUUACACAGGUGUACGGCUUCUACGACGAGUGCCUGCGCAAGUACGGCAACGCCAAUGUGUGGAAGUACUUCACCGACCUAUUUGACUACCUCCCCCUCACCGCCCUCAUCGACAACCAGAUCUUCUGCCUCCACGGCGGCCUCUCGCCGAGCAUCGACACGCUCGACAACAUCCGAGCCCUGGACCGGGUCCAGGAGGUGCCUCACGAAGGUCCCAUGUGCGACCUCCUGUGGUCGGACCCCGACGACCGGUGCGGCUGGGGCAUCUCGCCGCGCGGCGCGGGUUACACGUUUGGCCAGGACAUAUCAGAGGCUUUCAACCACAACAACGGCUUGACCCUGAUUGCGAGGGCGCAUCAGCUCGUAAUGGAGGGCUACAACUGGUCGCAGGACCGAAACGUGGUCACCAUCUUCUCCGCACCCAAUUACUGCUACAGAUGUGGCAACCAGGCCGCGAUAAUGGAGAUUGACGAGCAUUUGAAAUACACAUUCUUGCAAUUCGACCCGUGCCCAAGAGCCGGCGAACCCAUGGUCUCUAGGAGGACCCCCGACUACUUCCUGUAAUGAGAAGAGCCCGCCCUGACUUCCGGCCGCGUCACCGCAUAGGACCGGGACCAGCUUUGGAUUGGGGAAGGCGUCGAACACUCUGUCUACUCAUGGCCUCUGCUGAAUCCCGUGGGCUUAGAAUGGGAAAAAUUGUAGAGGUUGAGGUAGAUAUGAUGUACCAACCAAGAAAAAUUCAUCGGUUGCUGCU